AUGUACUGCCAAGUUACUCCUCUCCUCCUCCUAUCAGUUUUCGUGUACUAUACGAAAAGUGACCAGUUGGACGAUGCAAGGCAAUCAUGCAAAACUCAGAAAAUUCAGAUUCCAUCUGGAAGAACAGUUUCAAGCGAGGUGAUCGCUUUGCAGUAUCGGGACUUGACCCUUUCGAAUAUUAUUCAUGACGAGUGUGAAGAAAGAGAAGAACCGGAAUAUGUAAGAACUAAACGAGGAGCCCGUUGGGCGUUGAAGUCGUUCUCGGAAAUCGGGAAAAAAGUUUAUAAGGGUGCAAAGUCUGCAUAUAAGGCUACACAGCCUUAUAUGAAGACGUUCAAAAAAACAGGAAAGUAUGGGGCCAAGGCGCUGCGGAAUGGUGCGAAACUUGCCACUUCUGAUUUUGCAUUGGAUGCUUUGGAUAUGGCCCUGGACUCAAAAUGGGAUCUGAAAAAAGCAGUCGAGUCCAGCGAGGAAUAUGAGCAAGACGAAGAAGACCGCCCUUCCAGAAGAAUUGAGAAACAAUUGGAUGAAUUCCGUGGAGAUCUUUUAGUUCUUCUUGAUGAAAACAUAAUUCAAGGACAUAUCAGACAGACUGCAUCGGUUAAAAAGAUUGUCAAAGAAACCACGAGUUUAGAACUGAAAGCUUCCGAUGCCCACUGUUAUAAAGAUGGUUUUACCGGAAGAUACUCUAUCCGGUUACGAGUUGAAACUGAUGAAAAAAUGACAGCUGUUGCAAAACAUUGUGAAGAUAUCGGAGAAGUUUUGAAAGAUAAGAAUGGCAAAGAUGUCUAUGAGUUUUAUGAAAUAACGAAUGAGUUUCUGGUUGAGAGAGACGAAAUUUCGUAUAUUGUGAAUAGUACUGGAUGUCGUCAAAAUAAUCGCGAAAAAGUGCUGAAAUUCUGUCCAGAGACACUUUUAAGAAGAGAAGAUUGUUCAGUGAUGUCUGUGGAGCACUGCAAGAAAAGUUUGAAGGAUUUGAGUGAGGAUAAAAAGAUCAGCAGAAUUCUUCCGACCGGACUUGUCUAUUAUGGGCCAGCAGAGCUUCUGACCCUUGAGAGAAAGGGACAAUCGUUGAAGGUUUUGAUGAAUCCGUAUCAUUUGGAGUAUAUUCGAAUCUUCGACAGAGAUAGACUGAUCAUUGGAAAUGAUGUUGUUUAUGGGUGA